UUUCUCAGAUAUUGUUGAACUGUCGUGGGAAGCGGUUUAGUUCGUUUAAUAAGCGCUUUAAGCAGACGGUAAAGUGCGUGUGCGGUUCGUUUGGCUAGCUGGUGACUUACAUUUGUGUAUAUAUUUAUAGUCAAAAUAUAUAAUAUAAUAACUAUGUGAAUACUGACAGCCAGUCAGUCGUAUAUCGUAUACAUAUAGAAAAAGAUAUACAAAAAUGAAUGUCAAAGAAUUAAGCAAAUUUAAUUCUCGUAGACGAACAACAAAAGAAUCAAUUAGCCUAAAUUAGAGCGUGAAAACAAUUUACAAAUAACGAGCGGAAAUUGAAGUUACUAGCGCAAGAAGCUUUCAAAGAGGGGAAAAAAAGAAAAGAAGAAGAAAAAAAUAGAAGUUCGUGUGUUUGUUUUUUGUUGUUAGUAUGCAGUGAAAGCAAACUUAACUAAACCAAGAAAAUAACAAAAUAAAAUCUUUUGCGAUGUUUGCCAGUGCUUAAACAGUGUGUUGUUAUUGUUGCUACUGUGUACAGAAUUGUGGAAAUUAAAGAAAAAUAAUAAUUAAGAAAUACACGCGAAUGCGGGUCAAAGCAAGCAAUGAAAUGCAAGUGUUAGUGUAAAAUAUUUUAACUAAUAAUAAAAAAGAAUAUUACUUGGCAGUGCAAAAUUAAAUAAACAGUUGAAAAGGGCGUAAAAUAGUUGCAAAGCAAAAAUUUAUGAAAAUUACGCACGAGUUUAUUUUUAGUGCCGGUUUAAAAAGUGAGUGUGAUUACGAGCUGGAAAACGACCAAAAAGUGAAGUGAAAAAAUACAUAAAAAAACAAUAAAUUUAAUGAAGAAGUGUGAGAUAUAAUUUAAAAAAAAAUUACAUAAAUAUAUAUAUUAAAUUUUAGUCUACAAUUUUGAUUGCUGACCUACUGCUGCCCUGAGUGUACUCAAACCAGUUUUAAUUAACUCAAAACACAAUAAAAUUUUAAAGGCAAAUAAAUUGUAAUAUUGUGAAAACCAAACUAAAUUAAAAAUUUUUUAAAGAGUUUAUUUCUUAACAACAAACACACAGCCAAAACAUCCAAACUUUAACAUAAAGCGACGCUUAAGUAUUAACGAAAUGACUCAACAACAACACAACGAAGCCCUCCGCGCUUGCGCCUUAACAACUCCGCCCACCACCAACAACACAACCGCCAACAGCAACAGCAGCAACAACACAAAAAUUCACCAAAACUUGCCAUACACCAACAAAAUGUGCUGCAAAGCGUUGCUUUUGUUGUUAUUAACACUCUGUUGCCUACUCUCUGCCGUCACCUGUGUUCCUGCGCCAUCACCAGCAUUACGCGCCUCUCAACCACCCACACCAACGUCACUAAAUGCUGUGGUCGUUGACCACCAAGCCGCGGCAAAACGCCACUUUAAACGCUCACCGCUUAUGACGUUUCAAGACCCUGUUGCUGCAGCGGCCAGCACAGAUAUCGACGAUGACUAUUAUGACGAGGAGGAGGAGGAAGAGUCUAUUGCUGACGCCGGAAAUGGUAGCGAAAAUGUGAGUGGUCGUCAGCGGCGUCAUCAAGACGUAGCGCCAACCGCACGUUUCGGUUAUGAUGGCACUAAAAUUAAACCACAACAAUUCUAUACACAACAAAUGGUUGCAAACGCUUUGGAAGACAAGUCUAAUGUUGCUGGCGUGCAUCUUGCACGCCCCAACAAUGAACAGCCGACAAUGGCCGCACGGGUCAAUAAUGAUUUAUCCGUAUGGAGUUUAAUGGAUAAGGAGCGACGCAUGGAUAUCUGUGAUGUGUGUAGCUGCGUUAGAAAUGCCUAUGUGGCUAUCACUUGUGAUUAUAAUCAACGAAAUUCGAGGACACCGUUGAAUGAAAUUUUCGGCACGAAUUACCGCAUACCAACUACGGCGAGAUCACUUACAAUUAAAUUGGCACCAAAUACACAUUUCCGCUUGGAAAAGGAUCUAUUUGUCAAUAAUUCGCUUAUGAAUAGCUUCACGAUUGAUGGUUCGUUUCGGGAUGGCGAACAAGUGGAGAUCACAACCGGUGCAUUUCCGGGUGAUGAUGGCACCAUGGGGCCAUAUCCCGAAAUUUUAAUGCGUGAUGUAUUUUCGGUGGUGGUGCGCGAAGGCGCUUUUUCUGGCAAUAAGAAAUUCACUGUGCGCAACAGUAACGACUUAAUUUUGUAUUCAAAUGCUUUCAAGAAAGCCGAAAUUAAUGGACGAUUUGUUGGUGUAGCUGAUUUGCGUAUCGAAGAGAAGGCGUUCAAUUCAGCCAAUGCCAAGUUACACAUCGAGAAUUCACAUAUCGACAACAUCUAUCGCUUCGAAGCCUCAUUGCGUGAGAUAAGAUUCAACAAUUGCAGCAUCGGCACCAUCAAUAGUGGCUCUUUCGAUGUCAAUAAUAUUGCAUUUAUUGCAUUCUUAAAUAGUCGCAUUGAUGUAAUCAAAUCGCGUGCGAUUACCGAGAAGCUAUUCAGCAUGCAUGUGUCCUUUAUUGGCGGCGUCAUUGGCUACAUCGAGGGCGAGGCCAUACAUGGCAGUGGCAUCAACGAGCUGAUUUUGCGAAACAACAAGAUUGACACCAUCUACGAGAAUGCCAUACAUGUGAAUACGAUCAAUGCGACCAUCGAAGACAAUCACAUCAAACAUUUGGGCCAGAAUUGGUUGCGCAUCAAGGAAUGGUCGAAUAUUGUGAUUGUGAAGAAUAGUUUUGGCGAAUUCGGUGGCAUUGUAUUGGAGGAGACAAAGAAACCAGUGGUUUGCCGCUUCGAAAGUAACUCGCUGACCAAACCGAAGCCGGGCAGUUUGAAUAUAACCAAUCGUCAUUGCAUAUUGCGUGAGAUCAUUGUAGAUUUGCCGUGUCGCUGUAAUCCCGAUUGGCUUGCCAAUUACUCACAACGUGAUUUGCGCUCGGAAACCUAUUGCACGAUCGAUCGGAAAUUGGGUGCUUGCUUCAAUGCGACCACCUUCAAUAUGCUCAAAUACGAGAAUGAAGUGUGUGACGAAACGAAGACCACAUUAGAUUGUGGCGCCAAUCGUAAUCUCAAGAAGGUGAAUGGUAAAUUCUUUACAGACGACGAGCUUGCACAGCAAGCUACAAAUAUCAUGUAUAUCAUCUACCUCAGCGCUGCCGUUUUGUUGGCUUUGGUGCUUAUCAUAAUUUUAGUGUUGGUAUUGCGUUGCUUGUGUCAACAGCGUAAGGGCAGUCGUGGUGCUAAUGCGGCACACAAUCAUUUGCAUCAAUUCGCGUCAGCUGAACAUGAUAUUAUCAGGCGUGCGCAAGAGAUCAUCGAGAAGCGACAUCCACAGAUACAACCACAAAUCAAGCGUUUAUGCGAAGAACUCUUGCAAACGAAUCGCACCGACAAGCAAUGCAUUAAGACUAUAACGAAAAUCGAGAAUCUACUAAACAAAGUUAACCAUUGUCAGGUGCUCAAGGAAUUCUCUCAAGUUUUGGUGCAACAUCUGCAACCGCCAACGCAAACGUUGCAACUCACAACGAACGCCAUCUGCCGGACGGAGAGUUUUACACGUGUACAACGUGAGAAUUACGAUGGACCACACUAUGCUGGGUGCAUUGAUGCGACUCACAUUAUAGCUAGCCGCGAGGCGGCAUGCUUGGAACGCGAGCGUGAACGUGAACGCGAACGCGAGAGAGAACGGGAACGUAUCAAUGGUAUAGAUACCGCACGUAACGGCGAACCACUCAAUAUGCCAAAUGAACCUUUCUACGAGGAGUUGGGUCAACCAUUGUUGCCGGAUUAUGCAUCGCCAGCGGAUGGUCGUGUUUAUGCUACACCACAUGAUAUGGCAUUGGGUAUAAAUGCUGAACUGGAGUAUGCGGAACCCGUCAAUAAUCGAGCCGACUAUGCACACCGCUUGCCGCCCUAUGCCGUGCCAAUGACCAACAGACUGCCCACACAACCGUCCAUGAGAGCGCCCACAGCAGCGCCGCGUACACAUCUACCGCCCACUAAUUUUAAUAAUAAUAAUAAUAGCAACAACAAUAACAACAACAACGCGCAUCCACUGUAUCAAGUUAGCAAGUUAAAUGCAUUGCCUGCAUAUGGUGGCGAUAAUCGUCCAGCUUUGCCACCGUCGAAUGUCAAACGUAAGGCGCACGACCUGGAAAAUCGUCUCAAUUUCCAACUGCCCAACGCUGCUGAUCACCCGGCCAAUAAGCAUCUAGUUGCACCGCCUGUCUAUACGGCACCGGAUAUUACGCAUAAGCGUCCAAUGCCAACACCGGCCUCCACUUUCGCACGUCUGGCUACGCCUGAAGUGGACGAGACUGAGCUGGAUAUGCGUGGCGCUAGAGCCUUGCCACCCGACACGGGUUCGGAUCAUUCGGGUGGUAGUAAUGAGACUGUACUGAUCGAUGAUGUUAUAGUGUAUGCAGAUGCCUGAGCGAAAGGGGUGAAUAAAAUAUAAUGCGAUUAUCCUACAACUAUGCCAUACCAAAAGUGGAAGUGGAACUGAAAGAGAUAUUUUCGUCCAAAACACGCUUAACGCUGCUGAUCUAAAGCAAACUUAUGAGCGUGAUAUUAUAGUGACAAUGAUGAUUAUAUAUAUUGCAUUGGCAGAAAUCCAUUUAGACUUGACGAAGGCAUUAACUCACAUACUGUAACUGAGACGAUUAAUUUGAAAGUGUAAACAAGAGUAGGUGUGUUGACGACCUGUUCAUUUUAAGCUAGGCACUCAGAAAUUUAUCACAAAAUAUUUUUUAAAAUAUGCUUUAGCAAAGGUAAAUAUAUUACAGUGAAUAUCAGCUAAGUACGAAGAAUAAAAUUUGCUUGGGCGCCUAAAAAUAUGCCACGUUAAAUGUUAUUUAUACAUUUUAAAUGUUUUAGUAGCUAAGUUAUAUAUAACUGUAAUAUAAUUUCAUAAAAAAAUAUUAUUCGUGAGCGCUUCAUCUUUACUUUAAUAUAAAAAAUUAAAAAAAAAUUACAGAAAGCUCGUGAAAUAGCGAUUUUUUUAUUCUUCUUUUUUUAAAUUUACUAAUUUUUUUUAUUCACAAAUAAUAAGGCAUUUCAAAAAACAAAGGUACUUAAUCAUGUUAUAUUGUAUAUUGUAAUAUUGCCAAAAGUUUAAGAAAAAAAAAGUAAAAAAUAUAUCGGAAAUAUCUAAAACAAUAUGUACACAAUUAAAAAAUUAUAAAAAAUGUUUAAGAAAAUAGUAAUCUCGAGAGAAACAUCACUUAUUCAUUUUACGACAAAAAUUCACUGAACAAGUGAAACACUUUUUCACUUUGACUGAUUUCUCGAUUUAAACAUUUUUUGAACUAGUGAAACACUCAUUCACAUUGCUUGUUUACACUCAAAAAGAAGUAUUUUGCUGAACAAGUUGAACACUCAUUCAUAUUACUUGAUUACACUCAAGAAGCAGUAUUUUUCUGAACAAGUGAAACACUCGUUAUUUAUUAACUUUCGGACAAAUUUCAAACGAUUUUUAACAAAGAACGAAUAUUUUUAGAAAUCAAAAAGUUUCAGAACAAAUAUUGUAAGAAAAUUACUCGAAAAAUUAUUAGAAAGAGCGCUUUCAUAACGCAAUUACCUAUACAAUGAACAAUCAAUAACACUACAAACCUAACAAAAUCUGAUAAAAUACUUUUAAAUGAAAACUAAAAACAAGAAAACUACUAACACUUCCAUACAUAGCAUAGAAAAGUAUAAUAAAUUACUAUAUAAUAUAAAUACGAACAU